AGGUAUAUGCGAAAAUAGUUGGGCCUGGUUCGGAUUCUUCCACCAGCUUAAACGCUAUAAAAAUAGGUUAAUCUGUAGCUAACCCACUCUAACAUCUCCCACAUUCUCUUAUCAGCUGCAUCGGCGAUUCCGAUCGGCAGAAACAGAGGUAGAGCAGCAGGCGGAUAUCCAGUUAAGUGGGAAUGGGUCGCGGCGUGAGCAGUGGUGGGGGGCAGAGCUCUUUGGGCUACCUAUUUGGGGGUGGUGAGGCUCCCAAACCUGCUACUGACAACACAAACCCUGCUCGCAAUGCAAAUCCAGCACCAGUUGAUAACAGCAAGCAGAUUCCCGCUGGCAUCCCAGGAAAUGUCACAAACAAUUACUUUCGAGCUGAUGGCCAAAACAAUGGAAAUUUCAUUACUGACCGACCUUCAACCAAAGUCCAUGCAGCUCCAGGCGGGGGUUCCUCUCUUGGCUAUCUCUUCGGUGAUGGAACCAAGUGAUUCUUAUCUUGGGCGAGUUUCUCCUGGACAAUACAAAUUAGAAGGGUUUGUUAUCCUUUGUUGUGAACUGGUGCAUCAAAACUUAAGAAGAAGAACUCUGAAAUUUUUCGCUGAUUACCUCUUUUUUUUUUAUCUUUGGUUCUGUUGUGUAGUAUUAUAAUAUUGCUUUCUUGUGGGAAGUUUGUCUUUCGUGAGAGACAUCUUGAUGGAUGAUUGGGAAAAAUAGUUGAUUAAUCCAUCUGUAUCUGUAGACUCUUAUUGAAAUAUGUUGUUCCUUAUCUGGUU